UUACUUUCGUUUCCAGGAAAAUCGUGUGAACACUCUUUCGCACACCUUGAUUUGAAUGUACCAUAUCUCGUCUAUGGUCCCCCCUCAAAACUCAUUUAAUCGUGUGAUUGUCUUUUAAUCGCUGUGAGUAAGAGAACUCAGUAUCCCAUGAGUCUAAGCGGUGAUGAUGUCACGUCAAAAUGGCGGCUCCCGUCGUCGACGUCAAAACUGUUAAAAAGUUGCUUGAGGAGGGUCUUUCGAAUCUAGGAUUUGAAGUGCACACAUUGAAGGUGGGAUGGUACAAUACUGUGUUACCUGCCAAGUUGCACCUACCUUACCAGGAUGAUUGCCUCGCCGUUGUGGUACUCAGCACUCCUACCAUGUUUGAGCAAGCCUUCCUUCCCUUCAUGGAGGAGAGAAGAUGCCAAGGACUCUCUGACCCCAUUGACCAAUGUGUCAAACACUGUGUCACCUCUGCUGUCUCUCAGUUUACUGGACAACAGGUGGACGUGAGGUACGACUACGAGCUCUUGCCUAGCAGGAAACCAAAAUUCUUAGCGCAGACUGCAGCACAUGUAUCAGGAGCGGCCUUCUACUACCAACAGUCUGAUGUCAGCGACCAUCCCUGGGUUGAUAAAAAGAUGUUCGGUGUGUGCGUGCAUCCCAAGUUUGGAGGCUGGUUUGCCAUCAGAGCUCUAUUAGUGUUCCAAGACAUCCACAUGGACCCAGAAGAGCAGCAGCCUCAGCCUGUGGACUGUGUGCCCAAUAGGGAGGCCAGGAUUCAGCUACUGGAGGAUUUCAACUUACGCUGGCAGGACUGGAACUACAGAAACAUUAUCACACCUACGCAAACUUACUCCCAGAAACAGAAAGACUAUUUUGCCACACCGCCUGCCAAGCGGGAAGAUCUGCUUAGAAGUUGGGGUCUCCUGCCAGAGUCAGAGAACACGCCCUCUCCCAGCUCAGGGGAACACGCUCAGGGUCAGAUAGACACUUCCAGAAAUGAGGAUGGUCAUUAUUUUCCCUUGGAUCAAAGCUAGCUACCAAUGCAUCAUUUAUGCCUUUAUUACAAGUCAAGGCAAAUAACCUUUAAAAUUACCAACCAGAGGCUUUACAUUUGUCUGUAAAAAGAAAUGAAAAACUUUGCAAGUAGUAAGUUUUUUUUUUUUUUCUCAUAAAAGAUGAGGCCUUUAUUUGCAGAUUAAUGGAGUAAUAUUAAGCAGAGUGGAGUAUAAAACCAUAUUGAAA